AUGGCAGAAAAAUAUGUUGGUGCAGAGUUUCCUCCAAAUGUAAAUGGUUCACAACCAAUUUACUCUCAAGGUGGUCCAUCAUCACAAAUGAUGGAAGGAGAACAACAAGUAUACGUUGUUCAAACGGCCCAAACACCACAAAACGUGUAUCAGGGUCAGCCAAAUUUCAUUCAGAUUCAAGAACAAAAUAAUAAAGGUCUACCAUCACUACCACAAUCCCCACAAUCCACACAAUCCUCACAAUACCAACAAUACCCACAAUCCCCACAAUUACAACAGAUACCACAAUCGCCACCACCGGGUUAUGUGCAACCGCAACAACCGGUCUAUGAACAAGCUCAAUUUGGAGCACAGCCUGGAAUUACAUACGUUCCAUAUCAACCUCAAGUUGCACCUCAACAAGUUCACGUAAUAACUCAUAUGGGCAAUGUUCCCAGAGGAGCUUUACAGAUUAAUUCUCAUUUACCUGUUGGAGUAAUUUGCCCUCAUUGUAAUAAUGAAAUCGUUACUAUCGUAACGGAAGCUCCUGGUUCCACCGCUUAUAUUUUGGCUGGUAUCUUAUGUUGCGUAUUUUGGCCUCUUAUGUGGUUGCCUUGUGUCAUUUCUGGUUGUCUGGAUAAAACCCAUUCUUGUCCUGUAUGUAGAAACGUUAUAGCACAAGUUAAAGCUUAG